AAAAACCAAAGGUCUGCUUUUGCGCUUCCGCUUGUUUUGCUCCAAUGAACGCCGAUUUCUUGGCUAUGCUAAGAGAUUGCGUGUCAAGGCUGUUUGUUGUCUUUGGGUCCUUGCACUAGACCUAAAAGCUCGAGAAUGCGAAUGCGAGGUGGUGGGAUGGAUGAUUGCUGAUUGCCUUCCAGAACAGCCUUAGUUGCCCGCCUAGGUAGCUAUUUAGUCACCGUGGGCAAACGAGAAACCAUCUUCUUACGCAGUUGCAAGUGAGAGGGAAAUUUGACUUCUAGUGUCCCCCGAACAUCUUCACCAUAAACUUGGUAAAACUUAAGGGUCUCGCAAGAUUCGCCCCAACAAUAAACCAGAUAAAGAAACCUACAUACCUUGAGCAGCGAACCUUGGGAAUCAUGAGCAGUGUUCAGCAUUACAACGACUGGCCAAACACACAAGGCUUCGACGUCCGACAUCAAGAACUCGAGCCCAAGGAACUCACUGUAAAAGGCGAUAUACCUGCCUACUGCGCCGGCGUGCUCUUCCGGAAUGGUCUAGGACCACGCUCCGUAGAGACAGACAAGAACGGCGAAAAGACAACCGUGUACAAAACCAGCCACUGGUUCGACAGCUUCGCACAGGUCCACCGCUUCCAGAUCCACGCGCCGACGCCCGACAGUCCAAAGGUCCGCGUGACGCACAACUCGCGACUGACCAGCGACGGCGUCGUCGAGCGCGUCAAGCGGACCGGUUCCCUCAACGAUUUCACCUUUGGCGCAAAGAGGGAUCCGUGCAAAUCGCUGUUCCAAAAGGCGCAGGCUCUGUUCGCCCCGGUCCGUGGUGACGGAAAAUAUCCCGGAGAUGUGAACGUGUCAGUAGCCCUCACGGCAAACUUCCCGGGCCUGUCGAGGUCGGCCGAGAGGGUCAACGGCAGGGUCGAGGGGCCGACGUUGAUCAACAAGACCGACUCGACUAUGAUGCAGGCGCUGGAUCCCGAGACGCUGGAGCCUAUCGGCGUAGCGAGUCAAAAGAGAUUGCAUCCCGACCUGGCGGGACCCCUCAGUGCCGCUCACGCCAGCACCUGCCCCAAGACGGGUGAUGUGUUCAACUACAACCUCGAGCUGGGUCGUUACCAAACCUACCGCGUAUUCGUCGUCUCGGCAGCGACGGGAGAAACUUCUAUCCUUGCCACCAUAAAAUACCCAGCCGCAUACCUGCACUCGCUGUUCCUGUCCGAGAACUACGUCAUCCUCUGCGUCUGGAACUGCUUCUACUCCAUGGGCGGGGUGAGCACGCUAUGGACCCGCAACCUAGCCGAAGCUUUUGCACCGUACGACAAGACCAAGCCGGCGACAUGGUUCGUGAUUGACCGAAAGCCUGGCGGAAGGGGACUGGUGAAAACGUUCGAGUCGGAUGCAUUUUACGCCUUUCACACCAUCAACGCGUACGAGGUCGAGGGCAAGGGCGAAGACGCCUCAGAAGUGGACAUUGUCGCCGACGUCUGCACGUUCGAUAACAUCGACAGCAUCACGAGGCUAUACAUCGACAAUCUCUUAUCGGACUCGCCAGCCGCCAAGAAGCGCUGCGAGGAGGACCGUUUCUGGAGUGCCAGAUACUCACGCUACCGUCUGGCGGGUGUUCCAAGUUCUGGCAAGGGGGAUGAAACCACCAAGCCAAAGAGGGUGCAGCUCGAGUACCAAGGCGCGGCCGAGCUGGGUGGGCCGGAGCUACCAAGUAUCAAUGAGGCGUACCGUGCGCGGAAACACCGUUUCGUAUACGGUGUGACGGCCACGGGAAAAAGCACUUUUCUAGACGGGCUCGUCAAACUUGACGUCGACACAGGAGAGACCAUUUGCUGGAGCCGGCCCGGACAGACUGCGAGCGAGCCGAUAUUUGUCGCGGAUCCGGACCCAAGUGUGUACGGGAUUUUGGAGGAUGCUGGAGUCCUGCUGACAGUAGUGCUAGAUGGGAUCCAAGGGGAGAGCUAUCUCCUGGUGCUGAACGCCAAGGACAUGACAGAAGUCGCCAGAGCGGACGUCGGCGGCGUGGUUGGGUUUGGGUUCCAUGGACUGCACCUCUCCGCUAGUUUGUGAGGGUAGAUCUAGAGGGACGUGUGACUGAUUUCAAGUGUAGUUAUGUGCUUAUGAUCUGGUAGGUUCUUUUCUCUUUUCAUGUUGGUUGGUUUUUUUCAGUUGAGUUGCGGUGGAUUUUGUCAGUCGUCCAGGUAGCCCAUACAUAACAGCAUCGUGGCUCAUUCAUUUUGUAGCGGAUCAGUUAUCGUGAAGACUCCUGAAUUGAAGCAACACUGCAUCUUUAAAGGACCC